AUGAUGCAGGUGUCGCACAUCCUGAUUAUUUGACAACAUUCGCCGUCUUUUCUUAGUGAAAACAAACAUGUAAAAUUUAUUCACACAGCGAAGAUUGUGUACAAUACGAAGCAGUGUAAUUUGUCUCCGGUGCAGACUAUUUCCAGGACACAUUAAUAUCAAGAAGAGGAAAAAGGGAAGCGUCUAAUUCCGCUAAUGGACUUGUUAUCGUGCGUUUUCGUUGUGCCAUCGUUUCGCUAUUUUUCUUCGUCGUUUGCAACGUUCAUGGACAUGUAGCUAACGUAGAGUUAUCUGAUAAAUAUCUCCGGCUGUUUUAAUGUUGAAUACUCUGUUGUGUGCUCAGUCAAGAAGCCGAAGUCGCCCACCCUCCAGGCCUUGUUGUGUGUUUGUUUUCCACUCACAAACAUUAGCAGGGAUUUGGUUAAGUGUGCUAACUAGUGCGUGUCAAACAUCACGGUAAGAGUUAACAGCACACACGCAACGUUACCAUGAGUUUCUUUAGUUUUGGACAGAGUGCAGACAUCGAUGUGGUCCUAAAUGACGCUGAGACGAGGAAGAAAGCUGAACACAAGACUGAGGAUGGAAAGAAAGACAAAUAUUUUCUUUUCUAUGAUGGAGAAACAGUCAGUGGAAAGGUGAAUGUCACACUGAAGAACCCUGGGAAGAGGCUGGAGCACCAGGGCAUCAAAAUUGAAUUUGUGGGCCAAAUAGAGUUGUAUUACGACAGAGGAAACCAUCAUGAGUUUGUGUCCCUGGUGAAAGAUCUUGCAAGACCGGGUGAGAUGACUCAGUCGCAGACCUUCGACUUUGAGUUCACUCAUGUUGAAAAACCCUACGAGUCAUACACGGGCCAGAAUGUGAAGCUAAGAUAUUUUCUUCGUGCCACAGUGAUCAGACGACUGAAUGACAUCAGUAAAGAGAUGGACAUCGUGGUCCACACACUGAGCACUUACCCUGAGCUCAACUCCUCCAUUAAAAUGGAAGUAGGGAUCGAGGAUUGUCUACACAUUGAGUUUGAGUACAACAAAUCCAAGUACCACCUGAAAGAUGUGAUUGUAGGAAAAAUCUACUUCCUGCUGGUGAGGAUUAAGAUCAAGCACAUGGAAAUUGACAUUAUCAAACGUGAGACGACCGGCACCGGCCCAAGCGUGUACCAUGAAAACGACACCAUCGCAAAGUACGAGAUCAUGGACGGAGCUCCCGUCAGAGGGGAGUCUAUUCCCAUCCGGUUAUUCCUGGCUGGUUAUGAUCUGACUCCCACCAUGAGAGACAUCAAUAAGAAGUUCUCUGUGCGCUACUACCUGAACCUGGUGCUGAUCGAUGAAGAGGAGAGACGCUACUUCAAACAGCAGGAAAUCACACUGUGGAGGAAAGGAGACGUGGUGAGGAAGAGCAUGUCUCAUCAGGCCGCAAUCGCCUCUCAGAGGUUCGAGGGUUCAGCUGCUUCAGAGAGUGCGCUGGAGCAGGCGGCGAAGGAGGAGAGCGGAUAGAAAAAAAAAAAAAAAAAAUGCCACCCUGCGGUCUCUCCUCUCAACAGACUCGUCAUCAGCGUCUGUGGUGGAGGAACAUGUCAACUGCACAACAUCUGGUGCAGCAGCUGUUUUGAUUUGGCAGCCGCUGCUAGCAAAGGGAGGACUAAGGGAGACCAACACACAGCCCUGCAUUGUGGGAACAAUGAAACAGUUUGCAUGAGGCGUUCAGCGUGGCUUCAGGCUGCUGGUCCUGUCCUUCCUCAUUUAUGCUUCUUUUUCUCUUUUAUUUACGGGAAUCAAAACUAACAACACGUCUACUGUGUAAAUUUGUCUGUGAUAUUCUUACAUUUUAAACUUUCUCUGUUAUUUUGUCUAAAUAAUGCUAUCAUUCAAUUAUUUCUAAUAUUCUCAUUUAUGCAAUUCAACAUUGUUUCUCUAACAUUCCUUCAUAGAAACCAUUCCUGACACUUACAAAGUCAAGAAAUCUGAGAUAACUUUGCACUGCUAUUUUCAUGCUAAACACAUUUCUCUGUCAGUGUUUGCACAAAAAAUGAAUCAAACUGGAAUUUUCUUUCCUUUAUUUGAAUGAAAAACUAAUGUAUUAUUCCACUUUUUAAUCUGUAAAUAAGACCAGCUAAAACCUUUAAUCCUGAUCCCUGGUCCAGCUCAUGUACAUUGGUUAUUCAGCACACAGCGCCACAGAAAUGCCCUUCAUGUCCAUCUGCUUUACCUCAGCAUUCCAGUGGUGUGUUAGGGAAAAGGUCUGAUCAUGUGAAGUCUUCUGUAUCCUCUCUAUUAGGGACUCCAGUCCAGAGUUGUGCCUAAGUGUAUCGAGCAAAUGAAAUCCUCCUGCCUCUAACAUAAUUUUAGUCUUUUAACCAGAGAAAAAAGUUACAGUAGAACUAUCUAUCUUUUGCAAAAUGCUAAUCGAUUCUUCCUUGUCCCUCAAAGUCAAAUAAAUUGAUGCCAAAUGGAAAACAAAAA